AUUGCGCUUGCCAGUUUCUAUGAGGACGGGGGUGAUGAGGACAUUCUGACUCUUCCCCAGCCAACACCCAGCUCUAUAUCCAGAGGCACUGCAGCCAGUGACCAUAGAGUAACAUCGUUUAGAGACCUUGUUCAUGCGCAGGAGGAUGAUGAUGAAGAGGAGGAGGGACAGCGGUUUUAUGCCGGCGGCUCAGAGAGAAGUGGACAGCAGAUCGUUGGUCCUCCGAGGAAGAAGAGUCCCAAUGAGCUGGUGGAGGAUCUGUUCAAAGGAGCAAAGGAGCACGGUGCAGUGGCGGUUGAUCGGACGGCCAAGAGCGGUGGCGAGACUAGCAAGCCUAAACCUUUCGCAGGGGGAGGGUAUCGCCUUGGGGCUACUCCAGAGGAGGAGUCUGCUUAUGUGGCAGGAGAGAGGAGACAGAACUCUGCUCAGGAUGUGCAUGUUGUACUGAAGCUCUGGAAGAGUGGAUUCAGUCUGGACAGCGGAGAGCUGAGGAGCUACCAGGACCCAUCCAAUGCCCAGUUUCUUGAUGAUAUCCGCAGAGGGGAAGUCCCAGCAGAGCUGCGCAGGUUAGCACGGGGCGGACAAGUGAACCUGGAUAUGGAGGAUCAUCGUGAUGAGGAGUAUGUGAAACCUAAAAGUGUCUUCAAAGCUUUUACUGGAGAAGGACAGAAGCUGGGCAGCACUGUGCCCCAGGUGAUGGGCACCAGCUCGCCAGCCCAGCAGGCAGAGAAUGAAGCCAAAGCCAGUUCUGCCAUCGCUAUCGAUGAGUCGGAGCCCGUCACCAACAUCCAAAUCCGGCUCGCUGACGGCGGGCGACUGGUCCAGAAGUUUAACCACAAUCACAGGAUCCGUGACAUCCGACUCUUCAUAGUAGAUGCUCGGCCAGCGAUGGCCGCCACCAGCUUCGUCCUCAUGACCACCUUCCCAAAUAAAGAGCUGACUGAUGAGAACCAAACCCUGAAGGAAGCCAACCUGCUCAAUGCUGUCAUUGUUCAGCGGUUGAUAUAAAGGAACCCACCUCGCCACACGCCUGCCUGCAGUGCGCAUGUGUCGUCUCGUCCUGUGCGUGCACCUGCGCCGUGCAGCACAGGCUCACAUCUACUCGUAGCUCUGGGUUCUUAGGUCUCGGUUGGACUUUUUUCUCUUUAGUUGCAUUUGCCAUGGGGUUUUUUUUUUUUUUUUGUGAUGAUCAGUGGACUUGAAAAUAAAUAAACAAAACGAAUCUGUUUUGAAAGGA